CAUGUACAAGAUUGUACAAGACUGGGUACAACAUCAGCACUUUCUACCGCAGUCCUCAGCGCAGCAUCAUGAUGGAGAAGAUCUUGUUUGGACUCUUGUUUUUUCUAGACUGGGUGGUCCUUUCCACCUGCCUCCAUUAUCAGUACUAUUUUGUUGAUCAAUCAUUGAACUGGACUGAAGCUCAGACCUACUGCAGAAAGAAGCACACAGACCUGGCCACUAUCCUAAACCCUGAGGAACAAAACCAACUUAAUAACACUCUUACAUCUGCUGGACACAGCUCAGAUGUCUGGAUUGGUAUGUUCAGUGAAAUCAACUGGAAAUGGUCUGAUGGUUACACUGGGAGUGGAGCUGAUUACAGACACUGGACAUCAAAUCAGCCAUAUAUUACUAACCCUGAUGAGUAUUGCGUAGGAUUAAAUCACAACAGGGGAUGGGCUGAUUAUAUCUGCACAGGGAAGCACCACUUUAUGUGCUACAAAGCAAUGACCUGGUCUGAUGCUCAGAUGUACUGCAGAGAGAACUUUCUGGACCUGGCCACCAUAAAAAAUGACGUAGAGAACCAGCAGGUCCAGAGCCUGACAAAUGAAUUAACAUGGAUUGGUCUAUAUAGAGAGCCAAAUCUUCUUUGGUCUGAUGGGAGCAGCGUCCUCUUUAGAAAUAUUGAUUCCAUCAAUAUGAUGAUUGGCUCAAAGACAAUCAUAUGUGGAGCUGCAGCUACUGGGAGAUCAGGAAGAUGGAAGGGUUUGCCCUGUGAAACAAGAUUGCCAUUUGUCUGUUAUGGUCUUCCUGUAAUGAAAAAACAGGUGGUGAGGCUCAGGUUUCAUGCAGAUGGCUCUGUGGAUUUGAAUGACCCUGUUUUAAGAGGAAAGAUCCUGAAAAAGCUCCAGAAAAAACUGCAGGAGAACGGAGUGAGUGGAGUUACCCUGAAGUGGAGAUAACAGCCUGAUGGGAAAGUCUUCAAAUCAGAAGAAAAAGGAGAAGAAAGAAUUUCAAACCAAGAAAUAUGAAACCUAAACUACUUUUUAUUAUUCAGUAAUAUAGUGAUUGCUAAUAACCUGGUUGCUACGAUUCUAAUCCAUUAUUGUAAUGAUGUGAAUGCUUUCUAAACGAUGUGAACACAAUAUGUUCUUCAUCAGUAAAUGUAAUGUUUUUUAAUUAAAUGGUGGUGGUUUUAAGUGUAAUAUGUAUAAUAGUAUAUAUAGUAUACAUUUUUGAUCCCAUUUAAUUUUAAUUUAGAGGUGUUUGUGUUUUGCUUUUCAGUUAUUUGUUUUUUUAUUAUAGUAUUUUAAUUAGUAAUGGGCAUAUAUCAUUUUUAUUCUAGAUUAAUCUCACUGUAAUCUUGGAAUUAAUCAAGAUUAAUCUAGAUUAAAAUGUCUCAUAUGAAUUCUGCUAAAGGGCUUCAGGAACUAGAAUCAGAAUUAAUUUAUUAAUCCCUUAAGAGAAAGUCUCCUGCGGUUUACAGAAGAGAGAAAAAUAAGAUUGAAAGUACAAUUAAGAUAUAAAAAUAGAAUAAGGUAAGGAGGAUUAGUGUGUGCUACCUAAAUAAUAAUUAAAAGUAAUUCUGGUGGGGCAUUAGACCAGGGGCUCAUUAAGAAACCUUUUCUAUUAUAACUGGCGAUGAAAAUAAAUAAUAUUCAAUAAGAUGUGUUUGUGUUUAAUAAGUGUUUAUUUAGAUAAACCUGAAUUCUGAAGUGUAGGCCUACAUGGUAGGUCAUGAUGAAGUGUUUACAGUCUGUAGCUUUGUGUCAGUCAGUCCAAGCUCUAUUUCUUCUCUU